ACAGAUUCACAGUUGGCUUCUCAUUUCUGUAUCUCUUGCCAUUCAGCUAUAUACAUUGUGGUUAUACGUACAUAGAAGCUUAAUCAAGUGAAAUUUACUGAAAUUUCGAUCUUUUACGUAGUAAAGAUGAACAGAAGUGAUUCAGCCCCGAUGAUCAGCACUCACGCAGAGUCAUCAUCGUCAAGAAGGAAGGCUGCUCACAAAGAUGAGGCAUAUCAUGUGAUGAGGGUACUCGCUGCUGAUCCCAAGCACGAUCACAAUAAGGGAGCUGGAUGGAAGAAGGGCGUUGCAGUGCUCGACUUCAUUCUAAGGCUAGGCGCCACCGCAGCUGCUCUAGGUGCCACUGUGACCAUGGCGUCCAGCGAGCAGACUCUUCCUUUCUUCACACAGUUCUUCCAGUUUUCAGCUGGUUAUGAUGACAUGCCCACUUUCACGUUUUUUGUGAUAGCAAUGGCCAUAGUGAGCGGCUACCUUGUCCUCUCCCUCCCCUUCUCCAUAGUCUCCAUCGUCCGUCCCAAAUUAGUUGCUCCAAGGCUUCUCUUGCUUAUCUUCGACACUGUGGCGCUUACUCUGAACACUUCUGCUGCUGCCGCUGCGGCCGCCAUAGUUUACUUGGCUCACAAUGGGAGCUCGGAUGCAAAUUGGCUUGCUAUCUGCCAACAGUUCACUGAUUUCUGCCAGCAAACCAGCGGGGCUGUAGUUUCAGCAUUCGUCGCGGUUGUUAUGUUCACAGUGUUGAUUCUGCUGUCUGCUGUUGCUCUCCGGAAAGCUUAAGAUCAUGGAGCUUUCGAGCUGGUUGAAUGCAUGAGAUUGAUGUUGCUUUUGGAU